AUUUUGAUCACCAUCUUCGUCAGAUAAAUUCGCGAUUUGAUAAUAUUUUGAUAAAAAAGUUGUAGGUAUCGGUUUGAUGUAAUGUAAAUUGAAAAUUGAGGUGUUUCUCGAAAAGAAAAAAUUAUUUAUUUUACUUAGCUUAAUGUUGCAUAAUGAAUUGGAGGGCUAUGAUAAUUAUUUAUCUCUCUGCUCAUUGUCAGUUUGCACAAUAAUGAUAAUAUGUAGCGUGCAUUUUACAUCGUACUUGUUCGUUAUCAAUGUUGAUCGGCUGUGAAGAUCUAGUCUGAAACUGAGGAUAAUAGAGCCGCCGUCGGUGUCGUAUCGGUUAACAUGAUAUGUACGUAUUCUGUAUUGACCGAGGCAUAAGUAAUGCGGCGUAAAACUGUAGAUUGGAAAAAUUGAGAAACCGCUUCCCGUCGCUGCUACAUCGUUCGUUACUGUCACUUGUCAAGCGCGCCGAGCCAUCGUCGAAUUCAGUUCGCUGGUGCGAAUUUCAGCGCUGUACAAUCGUACUCGGAUAUCAUUUUUGGCGUUUCUCGAAACUCGAGACUCGAGAGAGCGUACUUACGAUCCGGCUUGCCGCUUGCGGAUUAGAAAAUAUGGAUGUGGAUAACGAUCAACAUAUACAUUCGGAUAUGGCCGCGGUACCUGAGAGUAAUCUCGGCGGUGUUCUGUUUUCAGAUUACAGUUCGGGGAAUCUGAUUCUAACCUCCGACAUGAGUGGCGAAUUAUCAUCUUUCGAAGGUACGUUAUGUUUUGACGAAACAAACAACGAACUCGUGUACGUUAACAUGCCAGUGCAAAUGAUUUCGUCCAGCAUCGGCAACUCCGAUUCCAUGUCCGGCGCGAAUUCCUCGUUUUCACCGUACGGCGUCGGCACCGCAUUAAUUCCAUCAUUAUCGGACUUGCCUCUGUUCAACGACGGUGGUCAGGUGAUGUUAUUUACUGGCGGUUCCAUCGUGAUUCCCGGCGACGACGAGAACUUAAUUCCUUCCAAUUCGGACCCGUUCAUUUUGGAAUACGUGCUCAAUAGCUCUCAGUCGGAACCAAAAGUUGGCGAUUAUAAAGCGCCGGUUACGAUCGAUUUCACAGAAACUUUGGACGCGGAAAUAACGCAGAAAAAUGGAUACUCGGUUACGACGGGUGUGGAAUCGGUAAAAAAUGUAGCAAUUUGCAAGAAAAAGAAAAUCAUCGCCGCCGAUUCGAAAGAAAACACGAAACACUCGUGUAAACUAUGUUUAGAGAAAUUCGACUCGCUGAAAGACUAUAAAAAACACCUGUCCAAUCACAACGACCACAAAAUACACGAAUGCAAAGUGUGCGGAAUGUCGUUCAAUAAGAUUAAUAAUCUGGUGUUGCAUCAAGUAACUCAUUCUGACGAAACCCGGUGUCCGUUGUCCAAUUGUCAGAAGAAAUUUAAUCGUAAAGCCAGUCUGAAAGCCCACGUCAAACUUCACGAAGAAGACGAAUCUUUAACCUGUGCCGAAUGCGGAGAAGAAUUUCGUAAUCAGCUGUAUUUAGAGUUACAUUACAAGUAUCAGUCGCAGUGUCGUAUUUCGAGUUUUGAAAACGCCGCUGCCAGCUCGAGUCAGAAUAAAAGUUAUUUCUGCAAGCUGUGCGAUCGUAGUUUCGAACGAGUUGAAAUGUUCAACGCGCACAAAAAAGAACACGAAAAGCUGAAGAAAGCUUUAGCUACCAAGUCGCAUAAGAAGAAAGUCGCUCCCAACGUGCCCAGUUCGAGAAUAAAUCGCUGUAAAACGUGCCCGAAAUGGUUUCUGAAACCUAGUCAAUUGGUUCGCCAUAUGCGCAUACACACCGGAGAACGUCCUUUCGUGUGUAACGUUUGCAAUAAAGCCUUCAAUCAAGCCAAUUCCUUGAAAAUACAUAUGCUCAAGCAUACCGGUGACCGGCCUUUUCAAUGCCCGUUUUGCGGCACCAGUUUCAGUCAACGAGGUAACCUGCGUCAGCAUAUCAAUCGAGUACAUUCCAUUCCUAGAAUAGAAGAUAAAGUAUAUAAAUGUUCCGAGUGUCCGUGUAUGUUUAAAAAAAUGUGCAGUCUGAAUGCUCAUAAAAACCGCAUACAUCAGCAACUUUACAGUCGAUCUGCGGCCGCGGCCGAAUCUAAAUUCGACGAGAACGAACGAGCUACCGAUUUCGCAGAGGAAACCUCAAUUACCAUCGAAAACGGCGUCGACGACGUUGAUGACGAUGAUAUGAGUGUGUUGCUCGAUAAAGAUACCGACAUAAAUACGAUCAGUAUCAAUUUUGACAGCGGUAACGGUAGUAUUUGCACGCAAAAGGUUUUCGUCAAGAAAAAAGCAAAUACUCGGUACUACGCUUGUUCACACUGCCCUAAACAGAACGUCAAACUGAAAGAGAUUAUUCGUCACUUGAAAUUCAGCAUCUUAGGAAAACCGUUUAAAUGUGAUCAUUGUUGCAAGACAUUUUCGCAACGGUUAACGUUUUUAACCCAUUUAGCGUUGCAUGCGACCGCCACCGCCACCGCCAAAACACAUCCUCACCGGUCCUCCGCCGCUGCCGCCACCGCCGUAUGCGAUCGUAACGGUGGUUUUUCAAAUCCUCUCGAGAUGAAAAUUCAUUCCAAGUUACGUAGUGAAAUGGUCGAACGAAAUUACACAGCGAGCGGUAUAUCUGUCAACGCUGCCACGCACGUGGACGUGUGUGUAAACUCGACCACUUGCGCCGCCGCCGCCGCCGCCGCCGCAACAGCGGUAGCGGAGAAGAAAUGUCGCUUGUCAGAAAGAACGAAAUUACGCGACACCGUCAACCUUAUUUUACCUCCUUACGAUUGCAAGUUUUGCGACGCGAGCUUGGAAAGCUACGCCAAAUUGAAGCAACAUCUGUCCGGUAUUCACGACGCUCUUAUUUGUCCAAACUGUUGUCUGCAAUUUCCUAAUAAAACAAAAUCAGAAGGACGCGCUGCUGCCACCGUCGCCGCCGCCGCCGCCGCCGCCAUCGCUGGUCAUCAAGUCAAGAAUGCGCUCGAUGAAACGCAUUCGAAAAACGAUAAGAAAUUGCUGGCGGAAAAUCGACGAGAUGCUAUAAACGGCAAAUCGCUCUCCAAGCCUACUACUGCGAACAACGUCGAAUGCCAACUUUGCGGCAAAUCGUUCAGGGCUGAAGUUUCUCCCAACAAGCGUACGAAAAAGCUUCAAGACUGCCAUCUUCGCCGUCUUCACCAUCGUACCGCUCCAUUUGCUUCUUCGAUUCGUGAGAGCUCGAGCGCGACUGCAACAGCGGCGUGGACUGCGGAUAGCGAGAUUUCUCGUAUGAAACCAGCCGCGAAUACGGACGCCGACGAAGGCGAUACGCAGAUACCAAACGUCGAAUCGACCGAUGUCGACGCAAACGAAGCGAAUCCUUUCGCUAAUGGUGAGUUUGCGAUCGCGAUCGCUUCGAACGGUCUUUUUCGUAAAAGAAGCGCAAACGCAAACGUAAACGCAAAAACUACCGAUGCGAUGCCCGUUUUAGACGACGCUGUCGCUAUUUACGUUCCGUGCGACGUUACUACGGUCGCAACCGCUGCUCGUAUCGACAAUCAUCAGCACCACGUACUCGAUCAAGCCGACGAAAUCGGCAUUACUAACGACGACCGUUUUUGCGCAACCAACGCCAACGCCGACGCCGACGCCGACGCCUUUACCGCUGCCAUGGCAUCCGCCACCGCCGCCGCCGCCGCAAACGAGCAUUUCAACGUGAACGAAGUUUCCUUGUUCAAAGAGUCGCAAAUCAGCGUAAACGAAAACGUGGAAAACUCCAUCGAUUUGUCUGGCAACGAAUUGAAAACUGAACUGUUGACGUUGGAUUCCAUCGACGAUAAUAUAUUCGAAUUUCAGGCCGAUGAAAUACCGAUUGAAAUAGACCGCGAAGAUAUUGGCGCGCCGGCAAAUGGUGUUUCGAGUAGCGCGGGCGCUGUGAUUUACAAGAGUUCCAAGUGCUAUCCGCAAUCGUUUGCAGAAAUCAACUCGCCCCAGAAAGAAUUUCAACAAUCAGAUUGCCACAGCCACAGCAACGAAACAGACACCAUCGAUAGUUACUUUUACGCUUGCAAUACUUGUUAUCUGACGUUCAAAAGUUUACCUACUCUGCUGAGACAUUUGCAAACGCACGAUGGAUCUAAAUCAUACGAAUGCUUGUAUUGCGGAAAAGAGAAUAAAACUCAAGCUCAAUUAACUCAUCACAUUGCCCAGCACUCGUUACACAAGGAAUUCCCUUGCGUGCAUUGCGGAGAGCUGUUCCAUUCGUUGGAGGUGGUGAAAAAACAUAUCACAGAUAUCCACCUUAUGUCGUCUGUCGAUAAGAAACCCGAGCAAAAGAGGAAAAAAAAUUCCGCCAACGAUUUGCUACUGAGCGAAAAACAGAAAAUACAGAUCGCUUGCCAGAAGCCGCAUAAAUACAGUUCCAUUUCGGAGAAGGUGCUUUCCUCGUUACUUAAAAACAACGUUUUCGAGAAUGCGAAAAAUUGCGCCGCCACCGCCGCCGCCCGUACGACGGAUGAAGAAGAGGAAAAGUCGCCGCCGCCGCCGCCGCCGCUCACGAAGAAGAAACGAAACGAGCUAAGGAAAAUACAAAAGGAAAACGUAUGCAGCUAUUGCAGUCGAGCUUUCAAAAAAAUGUGCGAUCUAGUUCGACAUAUUCGCAUUCACACCGGAGAGAAACCUUUCAAAUGCGAUUAUUGUAGCAAAUGUUUUACCGUAAAAUCCAUUUUAAAUUGCCAUUUGAAAACGCACUUUUCCGUCAAUAAUAUUUUUUGUCACGUGUGCAAUCGAUUUUUCGCCACUGUCGGAUCUUUGAAAACGCAUAUGAGACUUCAUACGGGCGAACGACCUUACAAAUGUCUUUACUGUAAAGAAACGUUUCGUACCUCCGGCCAUCGAGACAGUCAUCAAAAAAGACAUUUAGGAGACAAAGACAAAGUCACCGCCAAGUGGAAGUGUUCGGCCGAAUCCGAAUCGUCUUUAGUCGAAAUCCAAGAUACGGGCUUAGAUUUGAAUUUGGAAUCAGUUGAUACGACGGCGGCGGCGGCGGCGGCGGCGGCGGCGGUGGUGGUGACACCCGAUGCCGAAUACAUCAUGGCGCACAUGACUGAUGCGGACGCGGACGCGGACACCGAUGAGUUCAAAUUUCAAGAUUUCGAUUUGUCAGAUAUGGGCAGCGUAAGCGUAAACGUGUCUACCAACAAGCGCUGCCAUUGCUGCGUAAUUUGUCGUAAAACGUUCAAGAAAAAGUGCGAUCUAGAUCGACACGUUAGCACUCAUACGAACGAGAAAGCGUAUCGUUGUGAAAUUUGCGAUUUGAGGUUCAACCAACAGAGCACGUUCAAGGUACAUUUACGCAAACAUACGCGUACGGCCGCUGCCAAUGCCGCUGAUCAAGUUUGCGCGUGCGACCGUUGCGGCGAUACGUUCGCGUGCAAGAAAAAUUUGAAAACUCACACGAUAAGGCAUCAUCCGGAAACGCUGUCCAAUGCCGCUGCUCUAGCUCCAACGCCAACGCCAGCGCCAGUCAAAGGUGCAACUUGCGAUAGCGAUAGCGAUAGACGCGUCGUCGACGUCCAAGUCAUCGACAAACAUGUCGGCGUCGGCAAAUGGUGCGUAAGUGGCGAAAUGUUUGCCGAUAAAAUGGUCGAUUUGAAAAAAUACGACGGUACGUCCGAUUUCUACACCAGCAUAGAUUCUAGAUUCGAUUUGAAUACUAUGAUGCGAGACUUAUUUCCGGACGACGAGAAGCAAUGAAAUACGCCAUCCUAUUUGCCAUUUCGAUGACGGACGUCUAGAUACCUGCUGAACCGACUCGUAGCUGUCGUAUUUCAUUAAUCAUUACUAUUCAUUUCGUUUUCGCCGCUCGCACUCGUACUCGUAAUUUUGAUAUCGAGUGUCCGACAGUCGUAUUUUAUUAGUACGUAGACGUACUAUACCUACUAUCGUAUCGUACGUACGAGAACGUACCUAUUUGAUAUUACUCGCAUAAUUGUACCUACCUUUAUCUAGCGUGUUUUUAUAAGUAUGUACCAGUACCAGGAGCUGGACCUACCGUCUGGCGGUCUUCCGCAAAAAUGUCGUCGUAUGUAUUGUACGUAAAUAAAAUGUUGACGCGUG